AUACUUUACAGGGCAGUGAGGUCAUAGAACACAAGCUUUUAAGUAAGUGAGUCAUGCGUGCCUCAUUUAUUUUUAAAAGCAACUUCUGAGAAGGGCUUAGAACAAUUUUUUCCCCUGAGUGCCAUUUCCCGAGGGUACUCACAGAACAAUAAGGUGUGUCUGUAAUGGCUGCACUGAGUUGUCUCUUGGACAGUGUCAGAAGGGACAUAAAGAAGGUGGACAGAGAACUAAGGCAACUGAGAUGCAUCGACGAAUUUAGCACGCGCUGCCUGUGCGACCUGUAUAUGCACCCCUAUUGCUGUUGCGACUUGCACCCAUAUCCGUACUGCCUGUGCUAUUCCAAGCGAUCACGCUCUUGUGGCCUGUGUGAUCUCUACCCAUGCUGCCUGUGUGACUACAAGCUUUACUGCCUGCGACCAUCUCUCAGAAGUUUAGAGAGGAAAGCCAUUAGAGCCAUAGAAGAUGAGAAGCGAGAGCUUGCCAAACUGAGAAGAACAACAAAUAGAAUUCUGGCUUCCUCUUGCUGUAGCAGUAACAUUUUAGGAUCGGUGAAUGUAUGCGGCUUUGAACCUGAUCAAGUCAAAGUUCGAGUGAAGGAUGGAAAGGUAUGCGUGUCGGCUGAGCGGGAGAACAGGUACGACUGCCUCGGAUCGAAAAAGUACAGCUACAUGAACAUCUGCAAAGAGUUCAGCUUGCCGCCCUGUGUGGAUGAGAAGGAUGUAACGUACUCCUACGGGCUCGGCAGUUGUGUCAAGAUUGAGUCUCCUUGCUACCCCUGCACUUCUCCCUGCAACCCCUGCAGCCCCUGCAACCCGUGUAGCCCCUGUAGCCCCUGCAACCCCUGCAACCCCUGCAACCCAUGUGACCCUUGCAACCCGUGUUAUCCCUGUGGAAGCCGAUUUUCCUGUAGGAAGAUGAUUUUGUAAAGUGUGCGUAGGAACCCAUUGCUUAACAGAAGCCAGUUACUCCAGCCAGGCAGCUCUCCCAACGUUUCUCUUCUCCUUCCCAUGGCCCCUAUUGUUUAAGAACGUAGGAAACUGAAUACAUAACUGCAAUCUG